UUGGGGGUCCCCAAGGCUGGUUUGUUCCCCACCGCCUCCUCAGGAGUCACUUUCGCAGAUGCUGGACAGUUCCAAUGAGAGAGCAGAAUGAUUCCGCGGGAGUUGCCCCUCCAGACAACUGCACUGAGCCCGGCACAGACUUCCAGCACUCCUUUUACGCAGUGACGUACACCAUUGUCUUCAUACCAGGCCUCCUGACCAACAGUGUGGCGCUGUGGAUUUUAUGCCGUUAUAUCAGCAAGCGGAACAAAACUGUGAUUUUCAUGGUCAACUUGGCGGCCGCUGACUUUGCGCACGUUCUCUCCUUACCUUUGCGGAUAUAUUAUUAUAUCAACAACUACUGGCCGUUCGGGGGCUUCCUUUGCCAGUUCUGCUUCUACAUCAAAUAUCUCAACAUGUAUGCGAGUAUUUGUUUCCUGACCUGCAUCAGCGUGCAAAGGUAUUUCUUUCUCCUCCACCCAUUCAGAGCCAAAGACUGGAAGCGGAGGUACGAUGCCGCCAUCUGCGUUGCUGUGUGGGUCGUCAUGGGAGUCGCUUGCUUGCCGUUUCCGCUGAUGAGAGAUUCCAAAAACACAACUGCUUGUUUCACCGAACUUGGCGUCAAAAAGAUUGGCAACAAAACUUUCUCUCUCCUAAUGGUGACGGGGGCCGAAUGUGUUGGUUUUUUAGCCCCUCUGAUCGUCGUGGUCUAUUGCACCUGGAAGACCAAAGCGUCGCUUCAAGAAUCUCAAAUCCCUUUGCAAAACGCGGGGGAAAAGAAGAAAGCGUUGCGGAUGGUGGCCAUGUGCGCCGUUGUGUUUUUUGUGUGUUUCACACCCUAUCAUGUCGUUUUCUUCUUUUUUAUGAUGGUCAAAGAAACAAUUAUUACAGACUGUCGAACAGUCAAAAGUAUUUUGUACAUUCACCCAUUUUGCUUAAGUCUGGCCAGCUUCAACUGCUGUUUGGAUCCCAUUCUGUAUUUCUUUUCAACCUCCGAAUUUCAGGACCAAAUCUCAAGACACAGCAGCCUGGCUUUGAGGGGUCGUCUGAUGAGCAAGGAAAGUGGUUCUUCAGUGAAAGAAUAAAAUCCAUUCUCUCUGUCAUUUUGAGGGUGGGAGGUAAAAAAGAAAUCAUUUCAAAUUGGACGAACACUUUCAUGGGACAGAUCUGCAGAGGGAUUUGGAAUGUGUGGAUAAGAACUGUUCCUCGGUGAAAGAAAAAAAAAUGUAGGUCAAUUCUCUGUAUAAAUCAUCUUUAUUAUAAUUUUAAUCAACAAUAUCUCAUACAUCAUCACGAACACACCAAACAUCAAUUACACCACAUACAAAACAUAUACGAAACACUUAUACACAACCUAUUGAUGAUGACGAAAAAGAAGAAAGAGAAAAGAAAAGAAAAAUUAACUGAAAAAGCAAGCAUAGAAAGAAAAAAAGAAAGGAAAAAAAAAGAGAGAGAAGAGAAUACAUCUGGUGCUCUUCCCACUAACCCCACACUUAUACUUUAAGACCAUUUCUCACAAUCCUUAUUCCGGAUUCUUACAGUUGCAGUCUUCUAACAUAACAAAUAUACUAUACCAUCUGUAUAUUAAAUUACCACUACUGUGCUGUAGCAUCCACUCAAUUGUAUGUGCAUUUAUACAUAUUACCAGUUUCUUAUCUUAAUGUUGUAAAUAUAUUGACAAAUCAUUUUGGUGGGUUUUCCGGGCUGUGUGGCAGUGGUCUGGUAGAUCUUGUUCCUAACAUUUGUCUGCAUCU